UCGGUUUGGCAGGUUUUGGAUCAGUCGCGAAAGUUAUCUCAGCGAGUAAACACGCACACACCCUAUCGUGUCGGGCUACUGUGUCAAGUUUCGCGACGCGUUGUUUUGUGUUUGAAGAACGGUUUGCUUAGAUGCUUCUAGUACUAAGUGGUACCUAUCAUUGGGGGUAAACUUUUAUGUAACUCCCAAAAGCAGUGCACAUCUUCCCCGUUCUGUUGGUUAUGGUAUUAACCAGAAGAGUAGUGGGCAUCAGCUGAAGAUUUGGUACCGCGCGGUUUCGCGCUGGGACUGUAAUAGUGUGUCCAGUGAUAUUGCGAGUUUUUGUGACGUCAAGUGGUAGUCAAGUAAUUUUCAGAGUUUCUUGAUUAGAUUUUUAAUCCCAGAUUGAAUCAGGCUAUAGAGCGUUGGCAUUUCCUUCCAAUCGAGGAAUGUGCGCAUGGUGAUCAGAGACCUGAUGGGACGAAGUUUUUACUGAUUGAAGUUGUUUUCGGAAGUGGUUUUCUUUUAAUCCGAUCUGGCAAGUCGUACGACUAAUAAUUGGCACUGACCGAUCGCACGACCGAUUGGGCGAAGUUGGUGACCAAAACAAAAGAGGCAUUGCCGUCCGUAUGCAGUUGUUCCAAGCUAGUACCGGGGAAGUGUUCAAACAAAACAGAAAAUCCAUUCACUCAGAUCGGAAAUUAUUUUCUCUCGCGAUAUCGGUUUGUUUGUUCGAUUGGAUUUAUUUACUUUCCGUUUUUCCUAAAAAAAACGCGUGGGUUUUAGAUCUGUGAUCAGUUGUCUACAUUUCAUUCAAGUGGUUUCAAGUGCUUGCUACGUUGCUUUUGGCAUGAAGGCAUCGGAGUGAAUCUCCUUGUGAUUGAAGUUUCGUACCAUCAUCGGGAAAAAUUCACCCAAGAAGAGUGCUCACAUUGCAUUGAAAUCAAUCAGAGAAAAAAGUGAGAAGAUUUGCUUCCAAGGCGAAAAAAUAAAAUACAAGAGCAAAUUGAAGAAAAGCAAAAAAGAUAUUACCCAGCGCUGCAAGUACCUAGUGUAAAGUUUUUGCUUCUUACAACAAACAUUCGAAGCGAAACUCGUUUUCUCUGCUAGCCCCUUACCCUCGUCGCAUCAUCGCCUGUAGAGACAAACACACACGGGCGGUCGGUCGAUCUACGGUGCGGUGGAUUUCGCUUGAACCUGGUGUAGCAUAGCUCAGGCUGAAGCAGCCUAGGAGGGUGACUGGAAGGUACGAGAUUUGUGCUUUUCGGUGUAGUGCUGCGGGUGAGGCACCUCGUCACCAGGUGUGUGUGUGUGUGUGUAUGUGUGAACGUGUGGAUCUCUUGUUGGCGCAUUGGUUAUAGGCAUCUAUAAUGUACCAUCAACAACAACAACAGCAAGAACAACCACAACAACAUAGCGAAUAGACCGAAAAGAAUACCUUCCCUGAUCGGUUCGUGCAGUGUACACAAUAAUAAUUGGCCAGGCGCCUGAUGACGACAAAUGACGUGAUGGGCGUGGACGUCUUUUCUGGAAGAUCUACGGAGCUUCAUCAUCAUCAUUAGUGGUGGCAGUAUGAAUAGUAGUGGUAGUAGCAGUAGCAGUGGUAAAUAUCUAUAGCAACAACAGACAUGAGUCUCAUGAGUAUCUACAAACAUCGUAAGCUCCGGGUUGAAGUUCCUGUAUUUUUCGUGUAGUAAAAUAGUUUAUCAGAUUCAGAAAGGUCAUGCCAGCGUUGCGUUUGUUUGGCCGGAAAUGGUUAGCCGCGUCAGACGACCUUGUGUUUCCGUGCCUGUUCGAGAUCGUGUUCCGUAUCGUAUGGCUCGGACUGAUAUCAUGCGUAACGUCGACGUACUGGAGCGUGACCGCGGAGUGCGAUGAACAGGCCGGUCUGGCCGUGCGCAUCUACCUAGCAGGGACCCUAGUGUUAAUUAGUGUAAAUAUAGUUCUACUCGUACUGCUAGUAAAUCGCAGCGCCCAGGGUAGCAUCACCGAGGUGCAGAAGCGCCGCUGGGUGGCGCCCCUUCUGGUUGUUAAGAUACUGUUAAUUCUGCCAGAGACUGGACUGAACGUUUUCGGCACGAUGUGGGCCUUUUGCGGGACCAUCGAGUGUAAAAGUGAAGACAAAAUUUCUCGAACUGUGAUCGAAGCAAUCGUACUAUUCAACUGGGUAGUGUUUGCGCUUAUUAUCUUCGGAUUAGCAAUAGUGUUCGACCCGCUGGGGUCGGCCAAGUAUAAGAACGGCAGGGAUAGCAACGACAAUGGACCCACCGAGUCGGCGAUCCACCGGAAGGUUUCGAAGCUGUGGUUCCGUCGCUUCCGGUGGGCUUUCUGUUGCCUACGGAAGGACGAAUUCGGCCAUGAGGCGUUCACGCAAGUUGCGAGUUUGCUGAGCGCAUUGUUCCGGGGGACGGACCUGGUCCCGUCGGAUAUCAUGGCCGGAUGUGUUCUGCUGAGAGUUCGCCAAAAGAGGGAGACAAGGGAAAUGAGGCGAAUUCGCAUGUUGAACGACGAUGGACCGAGGUACUCCACGGACAUUACCAGAGUGUUUGCGACGUCUCCGGCGUGGAUGACGAUUAAGAAUGCGAGGCAUUUCUUGAGGUUUGCCCUGGCUGCCUACGGGUGGCCAAUGGUGUGCUACAUGCACUGCUGUACCGGACCGUAUCGAUUGAUUCCGAAGAUGACAUGUUGCGCCUGCUUCCGGCGAAAACCUCAAAUCAUCAUCGAUGACAACUGCUGCUUGUGCCACGUGUCUGGCGUCCGGUAUACGUCUCGGAUUCGUAGUGAAGAUGUUCUACAUGCAUCAUUCAAAAAUCACGUUUUUGAGUUACCAUUCUGCAUUCUGGCGGACCACAGCACAAAGAGCAUUGUCAUUUCCAUUCGAGGCAGUCUAUCGAUGCGGGAUGUUUUCACGGAUCUGGUGGCCAAUGCGGAGCGUUUCGAUGCCCCAGGAAUGCCGCAGGAUUCGUCCGCCCAUCGGGGCAUGGUGGCCGGUGUGGAUUGUAUGGUGAAACGACUCCGCGAGGGCAACAUGCUGGAGCGAAUCUUCAAUACCUACCCGGAGUAUACGUUGGUUCUGACGGGGCACAGUUUGGGUGCCGGGGUUUCUAUUCUGCUGGCAGCGAAACUCAGGAGCCGUUUUCCGGAUCUACGGGUGUAUGCUUUUGCGACUCCGGCCGGUUUGUUGAGCCGGGAGGCGGCACGGUACACCGAGAGCUACGCGUUCACCAUCGGAGUUGGAGAUGACUUUGUGAUGCGACUGGGUGUGGACUCGAUAGAGAAUCUGAGGACCAGUGUCAUUGAGACGAUACGGGCCUGUAAGCUGCCGAAGUGGCGUAUCAUGUUGAAUGGCUUUGGGUACGCACUGUUUGGCGUACCGUCACGCGAUCUAGAAACCACGUGGCACGACGUAACGGAAAUCACCAAGAAAGCCGGCCAAAGUCCACUGCUGGGCGAACGACCGAUUCAAACGGUUGCAGCUGUUGAGGGAGGAUUGCUAUCCAGUGAAAUCUCCAAACGGCGAUUUGCCAAAACUCGAUUGUACACCGGAGGAAGAAUCUUGCACAUUGUGCGGCGGAAGAAAACAGAGUUGGAGAAGAAAACCAACACCGGCGGUCCUAUGUUUGAGAUGCGCUGGGCAACGGCCGAAGACUUCACCGAACUAAAGGUGAUGCCUCGGAUGUUGUUGGACCACCUGCCCGAUAACGUGUUCCGCACGCUGACCAAAAUCCUGGAGGAGCAGAAGACCCACAACGGAUCGAUGCUGUCGCUGCAGGAAAUCUAAUUACCUACGUAUCUUCAGAAUUGCCAAAAAACGGAAACUAGUGCAGCUAACUAACCAAUUGAGCAAAACAAAUCACGAUUACAACAUUCCACAUAAUAAUAAUAAUGACCACCCUAUGAGUGCCUUAUGAACAGCGAAUCUUGCCGUCUACAAACAUAGGAAAAUUUGAUAUUUUUUUUAACAUUCCAAACUUCUUUUAAACGAGAAUGUCGCAUAGCUGUAAGUGGAGGAAUAUACUAUAGUUAGUAGUUUAACAACAAAUAACCUAUCAAAUAGGAGCAUA